AUGCAUUUUCGCCUGCAAGAAACCCCCAUUAAGCGACAAUUACCCGAUCUGGACGCGGAUGUCCUUCUGUCUAUAGCGCGUAUGACGGGUCACCCUCUCCGAGCCAUCGCCGUCCUCGCCGCCUGCUGCACGCGGCUCCGCCGUCUCGCCGAGACCGACCUCUGGCCCCUCUAUUGUCACACCCGCGCGCAAGAUCUCGUCCGAGAUAUUAACGCGCAGCCGGAGGAGGCGAAACGGCGGCGAAACGGCGGCGGGGACAGCGGCGAGUCGACUCGCCCGAUGAGCCUUUCCAACCGAAAACUCCUCGGGUUACCAGCCGCCGCUCUUUCGCCGAAGCUUCUCAGCUACUCGCCCGGUAUUCUCGAGGUGCCGUUCAGCCUGCUGAACCCGCGAAUUAAGGAGCUCCUGGAAAAAGUCGGCCAAUGGUGGUCCGACGGAUACUUUGACGGAGACGACGCGAGCCGCUGUUCCGAGAUUUUCAUGCAUGAUCACCGGAGCAGGAGCGCGUGGCGCAUGUGUAAGCGCGCCGCGUCGCGCGUUGCGUGGGUGCCUGUGAUCGCCGUGCUCGUGCCGAUCGUCGUGGGGUAUUUCGCAUGCGUCUUCGUGAAGCGGACAGCGCGGACCGCGCGACGUGUGGCUGUAAGGGGAGGGAGGAGGCUGGCGAGGAGGGUUGGGGAGACGACGAUGGGGAGGGUGGGAGGGAGGACGAUCUUGAGAAUUGGAGAGAGAGUGGGGUGGUGGAGGGAGGAUGAGGCGGGGGAAGGAGGGCAAGGGAUUGACAUUGAGGCAAAUUUGAGCGGCCCGGGAGACGCGGAUUGGGAUGGGAAUGUGCGAGGAAACGGGAAUGCCGCAGAUGAUUUUGUGGAGCGUUAUGGGCGCAUGUGGGAUGAGAUUGACGGUGGUGAUGUGGAUGAUGUUGGUGGUGAUGGCGAUGGUGAUUCUAAUCAUGCGGUUGUCGGUGUUCCUGACGAGGAAGCUGAUGAUGCUGCUGAUGCUGCUGUGGAUGGUGCGGCUGGUGCUGCUGGUGCUGGUCUUGAAGGUGAUGGCGAUGCUGCAGAGCGAGGCGCUCAGGAAUGGUGGGAAGUGGGCGGAGGGAGAGCCGCAGCAGACGAGGGAACAACAGCGGAAGAGAGAGAAGCAUUUUUGGUAGCCAUGGCGUCGCGCGUGGGGAACAAGAAGAGUCUGGGUCUUAUGGGGCAUGUGGACGAGAUGUGCCUUCUCUCCCCCUACCUCCUCGCGGAUCUCUUCCCCCCCUCGCUGCUCUCCACCUCCUCCGCUGCUUCCUCGUGCUCCUCCUUCCCGCGCUGCACUAGCUCGAGACGACGUGAGGGGCAUCAGCAGCAGGAGCAGCAGGAAACUCAUGAGACGCAGGAGACGCAGGAGCAGCAGGAGCAGCAGGAGCAGGAGAAGGAGAUCCAGGAGGAGGAGGAGGAGGAGGAGGAGGAGGAGGAGGAGGAGGAGGAGGAGGAGGAGGAGGAGGAGGAGGAGGAGGAGGAGGAGGAGGAGGAGGAGGGGUCGAGUGAGGGGGAGGGGGAGGAGGGAGAGGGGGAGGCAGGGGCGUCGUUUGCUGUGAUGGAGCCAUCGUUGAACAUGUGGGACAUCUCUGUCUGCCGAGGCUUCAUCGAUGCGUUCCAGCGCACCGAGCUGUAUCGACAGCUGGCAGCUCGCUCUGCUGCUGCCGAUGACCAUGGCAAAUGUCCCUUCUGCUGCUGCAAGGUUUGGAACGCAUUGGACACGCUUGCAGACAUGGGCCGCAUGCGGGCUUUUAGCUUUGCGAUAUGUGAACAUGGCCACUUCUGCGGAUUAUUUAAA